UGGAGUCUUCUGUUGCAGAGAGCUCCCUGUUUCCAGACUGUGCCUUGUUUCCGCAGCUGUGUUGUCGUGAGUCGACACUACACUGGUUGGCCACAGUCUGUCCCCUCCUUCUCCCCCGUUCCCACGCCCCGCCUGGUCACUGGGAACAUUUUUUCCCCUUAACCUAUUUUUUCUCUCCAAAUAAUUUUUUUUCUUAUCACGUGGGCUUCUGGGGUUUCGUGUGAGCUGUCGACUCUACUGUUCUUUUAAACAUGAUGGAGAUUUAAAGCUGGAGGAACAUCUUUCUCUCCUCACCUUCUCCGCUGCUGUGACGCCUCAGAGGAUCAUGCAACAUCUUAAGUCAUGGCGAGCUUUGCUCCUUCUGGCCGUGCUGUACCAACCAGCAAGCUCUGAAAAAUACGGUUGCCUGUUUGAGAGAAAGUUGUGCACAAGGGAUCAGUUCUGCUCAGAUGAUGGGUUGUUUGGUCAGUGUCGAACCACCAAGCAGGACCAGGUCCAGUACCAGGUUUCAGUUCCUGUGCUGAAGAGGAUGCAGGAAGUUCUCAAACAGCUCAUGCUACAAGGACUGUCGUGGCAGGAUGACAUCACCCAAUAUAUUUUAUCAAAGGAGCUAAAGAGAGUUCCCCACACCACUCUUCCCUCAAACCCAAACUCCUCGUCAUCCUCUCCUCAUUUGUCCCAGUCCAAACAGCACAUCCCCCACCAUCACAGCUCAAAGUCAGGGUCUGCACCUCCUGGUGGCAAAUAUGUGGACUACAUGAUUGUUGAGCCUCCCCAGUCUCCAAUGCACAUGCAAACUGUUUCAAUGGAUCCCUUCACAUACCAUCAGCACAGGUAUCAAGAUGAAGCAGAGAGGUCUCUUGUGGGUGCAGGAGGUGGUUAUGGACGCCCCUCUUCAAGGUCUCAGGCCAGCCAAAGAGAGCGUGAACGUGACAGGCAGCUGUUACAAGAAGCUCUGUCUCUGUACCUGUCAUCUGAGCAGCCCUCAUAUCGCCAUAGAGGGACCGCCUCCAUGGCUCCUGCAGGUCUGGCUUAUUAUGAUGACUUGGACUUGGAGAUACCAGUAGACUAUGUGGAAGGCUACACCCUGCAGGAGAGACUUGGUACUGCAGGCAGGCAACAAAAUCUGCAGAAUAAGAAAGCUCCUCAGAACUUUAAUCCCCUCUCUGGAAACAGUGAUGAUCUUCUCCAGAGAAUGUUAGAGGUCUACCUCAGAAAGUACAAUGUUGAUCCAAGGGAUCUGAGUCAGGAGCAGCUCUACAAGCUGGCUCUCAUAUUGCAGCUGCUGCAGGGCCAGGACAAAACAGGUACAACACAAGAUCCAAUUGAAAAAGACCUCAUCACCUUGAAGGAGCUGUUAAAGAAAGAAAGUGUGUCCAAGCAAGAGAAGCCUGUUCCUGGUCCUCCUGAUGCCCUUCCAGCCCCUUCCUCCACCUCUGUUCCUGAUGCACCUCCAGCUAAAAGUGCCAGCUUGCCCCCCUCUGCCUCCCAGCCUCCGCAGGCUGCUCCUGCUGAAACCGGACACACAUUUAAGGAGCCACUUGUUGAGGGUACAGGAGGCAAAGAGGAGUACGGGUACAUCGUUACAAACCAGAGUCCUCUCAGUCUGUAUGACGGAGUGAAGCUAUUGGAGCUACUCGCUGAUAAAAUACAUUUAACAACUAGCAGCUUCAUCAAUAUCAGCGUGGUUGGUCCAGCAUUGACUUUUCGCAUCCGCCAAAAUGAGCACAACAUGACGGCUGCAGAGGUGGCUGCUAAAGCUGUAUCUGCAAAGAACUUCCUGGAGUCUGAAACUGGCCUAAAAAUUGUACAGGCUGGUGUGGGAGAGAGAACGGAUGCACAGGGUCUCCCCCAGGUAACCAGGAUUUCCCAGGGUUCAAGUGGGACAGUCAUCACCCUUGUUUCCAUGGCAGUUGUUGGAGGUGUGCUGGUAUUGGCCAUGGCUGUAGCUUGUUUCAGGCACUAUGCUCAACAGGUGGCCAAUGGCAAGCUUGGCCUGGGCCCAGAGGGAGGAGCAGAAACACAUUUUGACUACCAGGAGCUAUGUCGGCAGCACAUGGCAUCCAAAUCCUCGCUGUGUCGCCAGGACUGUAUGGGAGGCGUGAGUGGCAGCAUGGGCGGUCCUGCAACAGCAACCGGUGCUGGUGGCCGAAGGGGUACGGACACAUCCCGCGUCAGCAGCGUCUCCUCCCAGUUCAGUGAUGGUCCACAGCAUAGCCCAUCUUCCACCCACAGCUCCACACCAUCCUGGAGUGAAGAACCAGCCCAGUCUAAUAUGGAUAUCUCUACUGGUCACAUGAUCCUGGCAUAUAUGGAGGACCACCUGCGUAACAAGGACCGGCUGCAGAAGGAGUGGGAGGCUUUGUGCUCCUAUCAGGCUGAACCUUGCUCUGUAGCUGUGGCUCAGGACAUGGGCAAUAUGGACAAAAACAGACAUGCUGAGGCCGUCCCCUAUGAUCACUCUCGUGUAAAGCUGAAGACUGAAGUGAACCCUAAUAAACAGGAUUACAUCAAUGCCAGUUUUAUUUUUGAUCAUGACCCUCGUCAGCCAGCUUAUAUCGCCACGCAGGGACCUCUGCCCCACACUGUUGCUGAUUUCUGGCAGAUGGUGUGGGAGAACGGCUGUACGGUGAUCGUGAUGAUGGCCGCUCUGGUGGAGGACGGAGAGAAGCAAUGUGAACGAUACUGGCCUGAUGAAGGCUCCUCACUCUACCACAUCUAUGAGGUAAACCUGGUGUCAGAGCACAUCUGGUGUAAGGACUUCCUGGUGCGUAGCUUCUACUUGAAGAAUGUCCAAACACAGGAGACAAGAACCUUGACGCAGUUUCACCUGCUGAGCUGGCCGGGCGACGGCAUCCCCACCUCCACACGGCCGCUGCUUGACUUCCGCAGGAAGGUGAAUAAAUGUUACAGAGGUCGAUCCUGCCCAAUCAUCGUUCAUUGCAGUGAUGGCACUGCCAGGGCUGGCACGUACAUCCUCAUUGACAUGGUGCUGAACCGCAUGGCCAAAGGAGUGAAAGAGAUCGACAUUGCAGCCACACUGGAGCACAUUAGAGACCAGAGACCUGGCCUGGUUCGCACCAAGGACCAGUUUGAGUUUGCUCUGACAGCAGUUGCUGAGGAGGUGAAUGCCAUCUUGAAAGCUCUGCCACAAUGAGACACAGGCACACAAAAA